AUGCUGCACCGUCAUUCCGCGGAGUUUCACUCAAAUCGGUUUGCACCGUUGAAGAGGUUCCUGCCGACGCUUGCGAGUGUAGGGGGUGUUGAUGAAGUUGCUAGUAUAAGGAAGGCCCCCCGACCGUCUCCCCGGGUCGAGCCGGCGGGAGUUUGGCUCACUUCUAAAGCCCAAAAAGAGCGGUCUCGCGACCGAUCCACUUUGGCCUCAGGUGAAGGGAGGAGCCAUGGAGUCCCGAGCCUGUGUUUAAAAGGCGCGAGUGUCACCGCGUAG